AUGACUGGCACUUCGAACCAGUCCAACCGUACAAGUCCGCGGUCCUAUAGCACCUCUCAGCGCACGCCCUCAGCUUCAUCGUCGGGCGCGUCACCUCCCCACCAGCCGCUUUCUUCUUUCCAGGCGCCCUCGACGGCCCAGAAUGCGAUGUCGACCGACGUGUAUCACUCAGCGUCGCAGGCUGCGAACUCUCUAGGCCCCGAUUUCUCGUCCUAUUCCUUCUCGCCACUCAGCCCCUCCUCUUCCUUCGAUAACGUCUCUCAAAAUACUUCCUCGUUCGAUACUGUGUCAUCCGCUGCCAUGCGCCUCGGUGAAUCGGAUCGGUCGGCGCAGAGCCUCAACGGCUUCAUCCGGCAAGCCGAUGUGGUGGGCGGCGGCGCGAUCUUGAUGCGAAAGCUUCCCAAGAAUACGAGUCGCGAGGCCUUGCGCAGCAUGUUUCUAUUCUCCAACGAACUGUUGGAUGCUGAUUUCGUACAUUCCGACCUUCCAGAGGACAAAGGGUUCCUAAGUGCGAUCGCGCGCUUCAGCAGCCUGUCGGCAGCGGAAGAGGCGCGAGCGCUGCUCGAUGGCAAGCCCAACUCGAAGAACGACGCCACCAUGGUAGUCGACAUUUACAACAAUGGCCCAUCAGCCCCAUUCAUCCCUCGGCGCAAUACAAUUGAUCACUCCGCCAGCCGCCUGCUAGGCAACGGACCAUCGACGCGACAGUCGCGCUUCAAUGGUACCUUCCAAACAAUGGAGAAGUUGUCAUCAGCCAAUCCAACCGGCUCUUCCGCCAACGAGUCCCUUCCGCCGUCUUCCGAGGCCAACUCACGCCUCCAUAAUAUUUUCGCUCCUCAGUCGCCGAUCGGCAAUGGCAUCCCUGAGUUCCCACGCAUAAGCGGCAAGUCCAUGAUUGAUCAAGAUAUCGAUGAGGAUACCGGUGAGCUGCUGAAGGAUCCGGUCGGUUACGCUGAAAAUGGACACACUGGGUCCGUCUCAGUCCCGCGACGAUCUACCAAUCCCCAGAUUCCCACCAGCCACUUCGCCAACCUGUCACUGACAACAAACAUCACGUCCCCGCCAGUGCAAAACUACACCCCUGGUGGUUCCUCGCACAUGAACGUUUCAACCCCAUCCUCGGCCUAUCCUCAGGCUGUGAAUGGGACCGUGGCCAAUCCUGCGUUUCCCUACGGCUCCCAGCAUACAGCCCGGCACAGUUUCCCGGCUGCCAACCCGAACGAUAUGAACCCACCUUGUAACACGCUGUAUGUGGGCAACCUCCCACCAGACACCCAAGAGGAGGAACUCAAAGCUCUAUUCUCGAAACAGCGUGGUUACAAGCGCCUCUGUUUCCGGAACAAGCAAAACGGGCCCAUGUGCUUUGUGGAGUUUGAAGAUGUACGCACCGCUGGCAAGACUCUCAACGAACUAUAUGGCUACAAACUCUCCAAUAGUAUCAAAACGGGAAUACGUUUGAGCUUCUCGAAGAACCCGCUUGGUGUUCGCUCAGGACAACAAGGCUCUAUGAGUUCGUCUAGUUCUCUCGCCGCGCAAGGUGCUAUGCAAGGAAACACUGGCGCUAGUGGGAUAUCGAGCCAUAUGUUCUCGACGGUCAGCGGACCACCUCCUGGUUUGUCCACACCGCCCGGCUUGAUGCCUCCGAUGGGGCUUAGGAACAACGGUGUUGUGCAUCCCUCCGGCUAUUCUCAUGGACAUGUACCUAUGAACGGGAUGAACGGAAUAAACGGUUCAUUCAACCCCAACCCGGGUUUGGGAAUCCGAGGAAAUCCCCUUAACCAGGCGAUGAUGCCACCUCAACCCUUGCACAACGGUGCAGCGAAUGGCGGUAAUAUUGGACAACGCUCAGGCAACGCUACCCCGAAUUAUCCCGAUUACAUGAUGGGGCGCUAG